AUAAAAGGAUAACGUAUUUCGUUCGAUUUGAAUUUUGAAAAUAUGUGAUUUUUAUUCCUCACACCCCUACCAGAUCUAUCUGUCCCGGAAACGCACACACCUCGACAACAUUUUCCACUUUGCACGGGUGUCACUCUCUGUACUCGUUGAAAUGCUUUUCCGAAGAAAAGAAGCCUCCUGUAAAGUUAGGGUGGGAAAAUUUAUUGAGUGCCGAAACCGACAUUAUCAUUUUUUGAAUCCCAGGCCCAGUUUGAUACGCCGGGGCAGUAUGUUCCAAUUUUCGCCGGAGUAUACAGCCAUUGCGAAGAAGCGUGUCUUGUUUUUGAAGCGGAGUCUUUGCUUUGGCCAGUAGACAAAUCUUUCCUAUAAAAUUCACUUAGAGUACACUCACACAGUCACAUUUCAGUCCAAAAUUCCCGUGAGACGGUUACGCGGGACAUGGUCGAGUUUUCUCGUACGAGUACGACCGAGUGGAUAGAGUUAUGUUAUGGCAUAAAAUUUAAUAUGGUUACAAAUUCGGUUGCAUAUUCAUUCUUAUUCAUAACCAUUUUUCGUGUGGCCAACAGCCCAACCAGACCAGUUGGAUCGCAUGGUGGAUGCCAGCAUGUUCAGAUAACGUUACCAUCUGCCUUGUCUGCCCUUGGUUCAAAUCUGAAUAAUGGAAUAUCGAAAACUAGAUAAAUCAAACAUCAAACAAUGUAAUUGAUUCUUUCAUUGCAUAGGGCUACCUAUUGGGCUGGAUGUGGACUCACUGGAAUGGAAUAAAAUAAAAAUAAAGUAAGGGAAUGGUUUCAUACCGUCAGAUACAUUUUUUGAGCCAAGUUUACCCUUCAGUAAGGUUUCACAGUAACAUCACCACAACUGUUAACUUUAAAACAACAAAAACUAAAGCCAAACUUUAACUUCCAUCAACCGCUAUGCGCAGAAGUUCCUCUUUUGUUUUUUUUAGUAUUUUUUGUUUUUGCUUCCACUCCUGCUCUCCUUAGCUCAGAUGAGAAAAGUUCCAUAUCUCGGGAGAGUAAGCCAUCCAUCGUACAGACGCCGUACAGUACUGGGGCGGCACGGAUGCUCCAUCGCGAUACCAACACGGUACGGCAAAUAAAGCAAGUCGUCGGCGAACGGCGGGCUAGAUAGAUGAAUAAAUAAGGAUUCAUCAAUGGGGUGGUUUUGUAAGGCUCCUCCCAUUUUUAACACCAUGCACCAUUCGGGAUGGGAAGUGGUGUAAAGGAAUAGCACACUGAUGUUUGAAGCAUUUGCGAAAAAGUCAUGAGAGCUUUUGAUACACUAUCUUGCUUUAAAAAUUAUAACAACACAGCUGGAAAUUGAACUGCUAGAAAGAUUCUGAAAUGUAUUAUUUUAGCAAUGAGAGUUGAUAAAAAUAAAAAUGAGAGUUACUAGUAAGAUUUUAUUUAUGUAAAUAAGCAGCAAACUAGUUUCUUAAUAGUAAUAACACUACCAGAGUCAUAUUUUUACAAGCUCAAACAAGGUUCAUUUUUUAUAUCUUUGACGUUUUUUCUUGAGUAAAUGCUAAGACAAUCUAACGUUAUACGAGCCUAGCUGGUAGUUCGCCGAUCUUGAAUAUCCAUUGAAAGCGCGGGUUAUUAGUCAACUUUCUACAGUCAAGUACUCCGCAAGAUGGUUAAUGCGCUGAGUAGGCCGCGAGGGUCAAUUAAUAAAAAUAUAGGUCUUCCUACUCUUUUUCCCAAACUUGAUCGAAGCGAUUGUCAAAGAGGGAUAUCAUGCAGGUUUCAUUUGAUAUUUUUAGAAUAUUUUCUAAUAUGAGUAGUGUUAGACGAAAGAAUGCAGCCAGCUGCUCGCGUGCUCUCUCUGCAGUAAGCCGCUCUUACUGCAGUUGACGAGCCGUGAGCGCCUGAGAGCGAUCGGUCGGGGUGGAUCGUUCGGCUGCUGCGCGAAGAGCAGAGGACACUUCGCAUCGGGGCAGCGCGGCGUACACAAGUUAGCAAUAAAGCAUCCGUUAAGUUUAUAACUGUAUUUAUGUUCGUGUGUGUAUUGUCCAUUGUCGCAUAUAUCACUAACGGACGUAAAAGUGGCGACGAGGAUAAAGUUUUAUAAUAUACCGCUAGUUUGCGUGUUUAUAACCCAAUUUUAACGUGUGCAUUUUAUCUCGUGUGUCAAUCGGGACCUUUUAACGUGUUCGUUUAUUCGUAUUGUGUGAUCGCGUAUCGUAUGUGCGUGUGUUAAAAUUCCUUCACCGCGUCGGAAACGUCGAAGGAUGGAGACGAACGAAGUGAACUCUGGUGACCCUUUUGGAGAUGCCGAUCAACGACGAUUGUCGCAAGGCCGUGUUUCCGUUCCUGUCCAAGCCGCGCAUCCAAGCGGCCUGCUGCAAGGAGUUUUCUCAACCCAGGAGCAGUAUAGUGGACGCCGGGAAGGAACUGCAUUCGCGCCGCCGCCAUCGCUGCCAGGUCCAGCGCCAUCGUUUUUCACUCCAGCGCCAUCGCAGGUGCCCGCGCCAUCGCAGGCGCAACGUCUGGAGCAGCAUGAUGACACGAUGCUGAAAACGUUAAAUUUGCUUCAACAGCAAAUGGCCCAGCAACAGCAGAUUCUGAAUGAGUUUUUGCAGCAACGCCUUCUAAGUCACGGCGCUGCAACAACCAGUUUUAAUCAUGAACAAAUAAUUGAUUCCUUGUCUCGAAAUAUUUCAGAGUUCCGGUUCGAUACGGACACGGGAAUCACGUUCAAAAACUGGUACUCACGCUACGUAGACUUGUUCCAGAAAGAUGCUGCUAGGAUCGACGAUGCUGCGAAAGUCCGGUUAUUGCUGCGGAAACUGGGAGCUGCCGAGCAUGACCGUUAUUUGAGUUUCAUCCUGCCAAACCGCCCGUCCGAUUUUUCGCUCGAGCAAACGGUGGAAAAGCUGUCAACCCUCUACGACUACCAGGAAUCGCUGCUGAGUAAGCGAUUCAGAUGCCUGCAGUUAGUGAAGAAGCGGAACGAAGACCAUCUAAGUUAUGCCUGUCGAAUCAACAAGGCGGCCGUUGAAUUCGAGCUCGGCAAGCUCAACGAGGAGGACUUCAAGUGCUUGCUAUUCGUCUGUGGUAUGAAGGACGAGACUGAUGCAGACAUACGAACGCGCUUGCUGGCAAAAAUAGAGGACCAUAGCAUGACGUUGCAACAGCUAGCCGCCGAAUGCAGUAGAUUGAGAAAUUUAAAAAAAGAUAGUGCGAUGAUCGAGACACCGGGAAAUGAUCGAGUUUUGGCAGUGAACCUGAAAACGCCCUACCCUCAGAAAAAGUUUCCAAAUGCCUCAAAAGCGAAUCCCAGCAAACCAUGUUGGCUCUGCGGAGGUACACACUGGGUGCAUGACUGCAGAUAUCAAGCACACCAGUGUACGAUCUGUUCCAGAACGGGACACAAAGAGGGUUUCUGCAAAACAGCAAAUCGCCAGAAGUAUAAUAAGCCGAAAUAUAAAAAGCAAGGCAAAACGCAGACCAGAGUAGUUACGGUGAACGUGCAUAGUGUUCAGAAACGCCGCAGAUAUGUCACUAUUGCAAUGAAUGGCACGCCCGUCCGUCUGCAGCUUGAUACGGCAUCUGACAUCACAGUCAUUGAUCGUGAAGCUUGGAAAAAGAUUGGCAGUCCGACAUUAUCACCACCAGCAGUGGUUGCACGAUCAGCUUCUGGCACUAAUUUGGCACUAGACGGGGAAUUUGUAUGCAAAGCCAGUGUAGGCAAUCAGACCAAAGAAGCUACAAUUACUGUUUCCCCGACACGUUUAAUGCUUUUAGGUGCUGACCUCAUCGAUCUUUUUGCUCUUUGGUCUUUACCAAUAGAUAAAUUCUGCUGCCAAGUACGAGGUACUAAAUUCACGUCGCAAAGAACGUGGCAAGAACGUUUUCCUAAAGUAUUCCAAGGAACCGGACUUUGUAAGAAAGGAAACGUCUCUUUUGCUAUAAAAGAAAACAGUCGCCCUGUGUUUCGCCCUAAACGACCAGUGGCUUACGCCGUACAAGAAGCAGUAGACCGAGAGCUAGAUCGACUUCAGGCCAUAGGAGUAAUAACUCCAGUAAAGUUUUCACAAUGGGCAGCACCGGUCGUUGUAGUAAAAAAAGCAAAUGGUGCCAUUCGCAUAUGCGGAGAUUACUCCACUGGCCUCAACGAUGCGCUACAGCCAAAUGAUUACCCGUUGCCUUUACCGGAUGACAUAUUUUCAAAGUUGGCUAAUUCAAUAAUUUUCAGCAAGAUAGACCUAACCGAUGCUUUUCUGCAAGUGGAAGUCGAGCCGCAGUACCGCCCACUGCUUACAAUAAAUACGCAUCGCGGGUUAUAUCAUUAUAACCGCCUUCCACCAGGAGUUAAGGUCGCUCCAGCUGCGUUCCAGAUGAUCAUGGACAAAAUGUUAGCCGGUCUAAAUAACGUUUCUGGAUACCUGGAUGACAUUAUAGUCGGGGGCACUUCAGAAAAAGAGCACGACGAGAUUUUAGCCAAAGUAUUCCAACGCAUUCAAGACUUUGGAUUCACGAUUCGUGUUGAUAAAUGCGCAUUUAAAAUGCAGCAAAUAACAUAUCUCGGACACGUAAUUGAUCGUCGUGGACUAAGGCCUGAUCCCGCAAAAAUCCAGGUUAUCAAAAAUCUUGCUGAACCAACAGAUGUCACCGGUGUUAGAUCCUUUUUGGGUGCAAUCAACUUCUACGGGAAGUUUAUACCAGACAUGAGAAAGUUGAGGCAUCCUUUGGAUAAUUUACUCAAGGCAAAUACUCCAUUUCAUUGGUCGUCGGAAUGUAAACGGGUUUUCAAAGAGUUUAAGACGAUUUUAUCGUCAGACCUACAAUUGGCUCACUACGAUCCGCAAGAAAAGAUUGUGAUCUCGGCGGACGCAUCAUCAAUUGGCCUUGGGGCAACUAUAAGCCAUCUGUACCCCAAUGGUCUCAGCCGUGUAGUACAACACGCUUCUCGUGCCCUUACUGAGGCAGAACGUCGGUACAGCCAGAUCGAUCGAGAGGGACUAGCGAUCAUUUACGCAGUAAAAAAGUUCCACAAAAUGAUUUUUGGUAGGCAUUUUACGCUUCAGACUGAUCAUCGACCUCUACUGCAUAUAUUCGGAUCGAAGAAAGGCAUCCCAAUAUUUACUGCUAACCGUCUUCAGCGUUUCGCGCUUACUUUGCUGGCCUACGAUUUUAACAUUGAGUACGUGCGCACCGACGAUUUCGGAAAUGCUGAUUUGCUCUCACGACUCAUUAACACGCACACCAAGCCAGAUGAAGACUGUGUUAUAGCAAGCGUGAACUUGGAAGAAGACAUUAAAUCGGUGGCAAUAAGCGCGCUUGAUUCACUACCGCUGAACUUUGCUGAUCUCGCCAGAGAAACAAAACGAGACCCACUUCUGAAAAAGGUGUCAGUUUACAUCAGCGAAGGCUGGCCCAGAAACGCAGCGUUUACCGAUGAGCUUGCUCGUUUUAAUGCCAGGAAAGAUGCACUAACAACCGUAGAGAAUUGCAUUCUUUUCGGUGAGAGGGUGGUAAUCCCCAAAAAGCUGCAACAAAAAUGUCUUCAGCAGGUGCAUCAGGGCCAUCCAGGAGUGCAGCGUAUGAAAGCGUUAGCUAGGAGUUUCUUUUAUUGGCCUACAAUAGAUGCUGACAUCGAGGAAUGGGUGAAGACAUGUCACCCAUGUCAAGCAGCUGCCAAAUCACCCGCACAUUCCGCUCCGGUACCAUGGCCGAGGGCAGCAGGCCCAUGGCAACGUUUACACGUCGAUUUUGCGGGCCCACUAGACGGUGAUUAUUACUUAAUUGUCGUAGAUUCGUUUUCUAAAUGGCCCGAAAUAAUCCGUACCAGUAACGUUACAGCGAAAGCUACUAUAGCCAUGUUACGCUCACUUUUCGCUCGUUUUGGAAUCCCGAAAACGUUGGUAUCGGACAACGGUACGCAGUUCACCAGCGAGGAGUUCGGACUAUUCUGCGACCGCAAUGGCAUCGAACACAUCACAACGGCCCCCUACCAUCCGCAAUCUAACGGGCAAGCUGAAAGAUUUGUGGACACUUUCAAGCGAACAGUCAGAAAGAUAUCUGCGGAUGGUACCUCACUACAAGAAGCGCUGGAUACAUUCCUACUAGUAUAUCGAAGUUCGCCAAACCCUUCGUUAGGAAAUGCUAAGUCACCGGCGGAUAUCAUGUUGGGAAGGCAAAUGCGCACAACUUUAAACCUGCUCCGUCCACCAAGUCCUGAAACCAUUAGUAUGGAAAACGAACCGAAACCAAGCAGACAGUUCCAACCCAACGAUCUAGUCUAUUUUAAACGCUUCGCAGGUAACGGAUGGAGAUGGGUAGCUGGUACAAUUGUUAAGCAAAUAGGUCAUGUCAUGUAUAUGAUUGGAACGGAUGAUCAGAAAAUGUUUAGAUCUCAUAUUAACCAGAUACGCAAGCGCUACGAGAGGCAUCAUCACGUUCCGGCUUCGGUCACCCAUCGUAAGCUGCCGAUAGAUGUUUUGUUGGAUACCUGGCAGCUAACACCGCAACCAUCUACUGGCACGUCCCGCAUACCACCACAGCCAGUCGACCCCGAGCAUGUGGACAUCUCUAUGUCCCCUCAUCAGCCGUCAUCCGAGACCAACGGUCCUUAUGUUCCCGCUACAUCGCCAGCGACAUACACACGCCCGACGACACGACCUGUUCCAUCGUGUGCUUCGGCCCAGGUGCCACGACGGUCUUCUAGAGUUAGAAAACCGCCCAGUCGGUUCGACGUGUACCGUCGGUUUUAAAAAGAGGGGGAGAUGUUAGACGAAAGAAUGCAGCCAGCUGCUCGCGUGCUCUCUCUGCAGUAAGCCGCUCUUACUGCAGUUGACGAGCCGUGAGCGCCUGAGAGCGAUCGGUCGGGGUGGAUCGUUCGGCUGCUGCGCGAAGAGCAGAGGACACUUCGCAUCGGGGCAGCGCGGCGUACACAAGUUAGCAAUAAAGCAUCCGUUAAGUUUAUAACUGUAUUUAUGUUCGUGUGUGUAUUGUCCAUUGUCGCAUAUAUCACUAAC